GACUUUCCGUGUUGGUCAGUUUUAUUCGUUUCAUUGUCUGACAGACGUAAUUUUGUAGCCAUUGACAUAAUCAUGACGUAAUCACGUGGCGUGCUGACGUCAUCCUAUACGUUCUCGUCAGUGAAGGUUGGAUUGUUUUUUUGGCGGAGAGAUGAAGUGGUCUAAAAGGACCUUGGUGGUCUGAGGAGUGUCACUGGUCCUUCAUUGAACAGAUACCAUGGCUGCAGACGAGCCGUACCUGCAUCCUCAUGCCCAGAUAUUCGAUAACCUGAUGAUUGAGCCAUCGUGGGAUUUCUCACAUUUCCCUGUGAUGUCUCAGAGCACCGCCCUGCAGACAGCGGAUGGUCCUUUCCUGAAGAUCCUGGAGCAGCCCAAACAGAGGGGGUUCCGGUUCAGGUACGGCUGUGAAGGUCCAUCUCACGGCGGUUUGCCCGGAGCUUGUAGUGAGAAGAACAGGAAGUCAUACCCGACCGUCAAGGUCUGUAACUACCAGGGUCCGGCCCGAGUGGUGGUCCAGCUGGUGACGGCCUUCACUCCCCUCCCUCACCUACACGCUCACAGCCUGGUGGGCAAACAAUGUGACAAAGGAAUCUGUAUCGCCGACCUGCCGCCCAAAGACUCCACAUUAAGUUUUCCGAACUUGGGGAUCCUUCAUGUGACCAAGAAGAAUGUGGUGAAGACUCUGGAGGAGAGGAUGCUGGAGGCCUUCAAGAUGGGAUACAACUGUGGAGUCUCCAUCCAUCCUGAAAUCGACGGCCUACAAGGGGAAGUCAGAGUACCGCGUGAACUCACCGACGUCCAGCAUGCCGCCAUCAGCUCUGCAGCAUCUCUACAGGCUAAAGACAUGGACCUCAGUGUGGUCCGCCUUAUGUUCACAGCCUUUCUGCUCGACAGUGAUGGAGGAUUCUCCCGACGCCUUGAGCCUGUCUUGUCAGAGCCAAUUUACGACAGCAAAGCUCCCAAUGCCUCCAACCUGAAGAUUGUCCGCAUGGAUCGGACUGCCGGCUGUGUGAGUGGUGGUGAGGAGAUCUACCUACUGUGUGACAAAGUCCAGAAAGAUGAUAUCCAGGUUCGGUUCUACGAAGAGGAUGACUCGGGUCUGAUCUGGGAGGCACUUGGGGACUUCUCUCCAACAGACGUCCACAGACAGUUUGCAAUCGUUUUCAAGACUCCAAAGUACCGGGACCAGAACCUGCAGAAGCCAACCUCAGUGUUUGUCCAGCUGAAGAGGAAGUCUGACCACGAGACCAGCGAGCCCAAACCUUUCACCUACCAUCCUCAGAUCAUAGAUAAGGAAGAGGUGCAGAGGAAGAGGCAGAAGAUGCUGCCCAACUUCCACGACCUGAGUGGCCAUGGAGGAGGAGGAGGUCUCUACCGAGGAGGCGGAAGAGGAGGAGGAGGGGGAGGAGGCGCAGGAGGAGGUUACUUCCAGGGCUUCUCUACCUAUAACUAUGGAGGAGCAGGAGGCAGAGGAGGAUUCUCCACAGGAUACACAGCUGGUCUGGGGCCAGGAGGUGGUGAAGGCAAUGGCAUGAAACAUGUCUCCCAGGGUGAUGCGCCAGAGAACGGUGGUGAUGGUGGUGAUUCUGUUGAUGCGCUGUCAGGGUUAGUGUUGAGAACUUUGGACCACUUCGAAGGCCUGGACCUGAGUGGGACUCCUGAAGAAGGAGAAGCACAACCGGACAGAACAGCGUGCAGUAUGCACGAGCAGGUGCGUCAGCUCGAAGCUCUCUUUCAGUACUCUGUGACGGGAGAUUCAGCCUACCUGUUGGCUCCACAACGCCCCCUGCUGAUUGCCCAGGAUGAGGAUGGAGACACUGGACUCCAUCUAGCAGUUCUCCACAGUCAGCAGGAGGCACUGAGGAGUCUGACUCAAGUGGUUUGUGCUCUGCCUGGAGAGGAGGUCCUCAACAUCAGGAACCAUCUGUACCAGACUCCUCUGCACCUAGCUGUGAUCACCCAGCAGAAGGAGGCGGUGGAGGCUCUGCUGCUGGCCGGUGCUGAUCCAACUCUAACAGAUCGUCAUGGCAACACUGUCCUCCACCUGGCAUCCCAGCAGGAUGGAGGGAUGGUAGACUUCCUGUUACAGCACAGAGAGAUGAAGCCCCUGCUAGACACGCCCAAUAUGGCAGGUCUGUUUCCAAUCCACAUGGCAGUUUUGGCCAAUCAGCUCUCUUCUCUCAGGGAGCUGCUGGAGGCUGGAGCUAACGUGGAAGUUGAGGAGCGCAGUUGUGGAAGGACGGCCCUCCAUCUUGCCACUGAAAUGGAGAACGUGUCACUGGCUGGCUGCCUGCUGCUGGAGGGUAAUGCACAGGUAGACUGCUGCAACUUCAAUGGCUCCACCCCCCUCCAUGUCGCUGCUGGGCGGAGCUCCAUCAAACUGACAGCUCUUCUUAUGGCUGCAGGUGCAGAUCCACAGAAGGAGAACUUUGAGCCACUGUUUUACAGUGAAGAAGAGGAGGAAGAGUUCUGUACAAGUAAUGAAGACAGAGAUGAUGAAGGUUACGUCCCAGGAACCACUCCUCUCAGCAUGGCUACCACCGAGGAGGUGUUGGAGCUUCUGAGCGGGAAAGGAUACAAAUCUCCCCAGAAAUUCAACGUCCCCCCUCAGGGUGACCUGUCCACGCUGACCGCGGAGGUGAAGGAGGCUCUGUGUCGAGCUCUGGAGACUGAAGAUUGCUGGGAGGAUGUGGCUCAUAGUCUUGGUCUAGGUAUCCUGAACACAGCCUUCAGACUAAGUCCGUCACCUGCUGGAACCCUGCUGGACAGCUAUGAGGUGUCGGGCGGAACCGUCCAGAACCUGCUCGCUGCUCUCAGGUCAGUGAGAGAGUGCGGCGCCCUCGGUGUCCUGGAGGGGGCGCUGCAUCGCCCGUACUCAACAGCCGAAGACGCUGCAGCUCCACCUGCUGGAGUCCAGAAUGUGAAGGCAGACGUUCGGAUGGACAGCGGGAUGUGUGACAGCGGCGUUGAGCUUUCCACAGCGUGACGCUCUGAUUGGUCGGCUGACACUUUUGAAGCUUUUCAACUUUUUACUGAAGCAGACAAGUUUUAUGAACCUUUAGCGAGCAGAAACUCAACAGGAGGUCCGAUUUAGAGAAACUGUUCUGCCUAGAACGUGAUCCCAAACUCUCUCAGCUGUUACCAUGGCAACAUGAUGCCAUUUGAGCUGUUGGUGAAAAAUGUAUUACAUUUUUAUGAAAACAGACAGGACGUCCAACAUCGUGUGUCCACCAGAACCCAGUUCAGAUAAACUCAACUUACUGGACCACCUAACCCUCUGUGUGUGGAUCAAGCACUCAUUGCCUACCUGCCAUUAUUACCGCGAUUGACCACCAGGGGGCAGUCUCACUUCUUCUGUUUGUCACGUCUUUGUGAGGUCAUGAGGUCAAAAAAGAGCGUCACAAUGUGAAAUGACUCCAGAAUGUAAACAAGAAAAGAACCCAUGUGCCAGAAUCCAUAAAGCAGUUUGUCUGACCACAUAAGCGCCGCCAUUCUCCAUUUGAGGAGGCAGAUUACAAAAAAGCUCAGUUUUUAGAUGACUGACUGCUGAGAAAAGUCACAAUUUUAGCUUAAAAAUAAACCUCUCUGUGCCUGAGAGAACACCUGUGGCAGCGUUCAUUCAUAGACUCACUUUCAACAGAGGGGGCGCUGUGCUUUCACUAGCAGGGACACAACAGGGUCUGGACCAACAACAAUAAAAAAGACCGUCCUGAAAGUGGCAGAUAACAAAACGCGCCUCACCUCAUUGAGGUGAGCAUGAUGACAUCACAAAGACAAUCAGCCUGUGGGCGGGGCCACCCAUGAACACCUGCUCCAACUCCGAAGUUACAAAAACAGAUCCGACCCAAAACAAAACAUCAGAGCCGAUUUUACAAUUAUUUAUUCCACAUCCUCAUUUAACCUGUGGGAUCGGAGAGGGGGCAUGUCCAAAAAGAUGUCCCACCUCCUGACAGGUGGAUCCACUACAACACCUGAACUUUAAUUCAUGGACUAUCAUGUUUUAUUUAAAAAUAACUUCAAUUUAGUUGAUUUUUUUUUUAUUUUCACAACGAUGGUGUGAAACGUUUUGCCUUUAAUCUUUGCAUUACAGUGAGUGCAAAGAAACGACGCGUAUCCCAUUUGCAAACAUCCACCAUCAAACGUCUGAUAAUAAAUGAAAUGAUGCCCAUGUCACUUUAUUUGUGCUGAUCAUCACAGUGACCUCUAGUGACCUUUAUGUGGAUGAAAGGUCACAUGACCACAGAUUGCCCCACCCCUUGAGCAACAGCUGGAAAAUAAACUUGUGUGUCGUAUCGAGAAAAUCGACAAUGGCGAUGAACUAUUAAAUAAUUUAUUUAUAACAUCUUCCUUCAAUUUGUUUGGAUAAAAACCUUGAAAAGGAUUUGAAUUAAAUUCCAGCUAAUCUGGUUUGAGCCAGUUUCACAUCAAGGGUGAACUGGUUUUGACAAAAUUGUGCGGGUUCGGGUUUAAGACUUUUUUUGUCAAAACGUCUUCUGAGAAAAUUUGAUUGAUGUUUCAUAAACUAAGCAGUUAAUUGUAAAAAAAAAAUGGUGAUGAUAAUAAUGAAUGGUGCAUAAUAAAUAUUAUUUUGACGUAAAAAAAAAAUGUCUUGCUAAAUGUUAAUUUGCAGAAGCAAAAUUGCAGAUUGAGAUUUAUUGAUGUGAUAACUUAAAAUGUGGAUAUUUAUAUUUAAAAAAAAAACUUUUUAAAAACUCAAGCAGCUGCUUCAGUUUGAAACCAGUUUCUUCUUCAGUCUGAUAAAAUGAUUAAAAACCCAAACCUGUCCAAAACAAUGCAUUGUGGGAAAUGAAGUCCAGAACUGUGAAUUGCUUGUUCAUGUCAUAACAAUAUUCCGAAUAUUUUAUUUACUUUAAGUAGUUUAAAUAAUAAAAAAGGUUUUUUU